GACGUUAGUGGGACGCGCUCUUCUGCGUCCCAACAGUCUGAGUGCAGUUCAGUCGGUCAGAGUUGCGCCUGAACAGCACCGGGAGGUUUCGGGUCCCAUCUUCACUCAGAAACUUUCCGGAUUGUUUUUAUUUUGUUUUUCGUUGCAUGUAAGGAGCAAAACGGGGGCGACGAAAGUUUCUGAAUGGAGAAGCACAAAGUGCUGGACCAGCUCCUGAUGGAGCUUCACCGCUUCCUGCUCAUUCUGGACAGGGAGACUCUGAGCGGGAACGCCACCGUCCAGAAGGGACUGCUGUCGGAUCUCCUGCUGUCCUACAGAACCUCGAGUGGUGGUGAUGAGGAAUACAUCUACAUGAACAAAGUGGUUGUUUCUGGAAAAGGCAAAGACGACAAAGCAGAUGACCAUUUGGACGCCUUUGUCAAUGGAAAAGCAGCAAAAUUUGUCCCAGUGCCACAGAAGAACCUUCCUGACCUACCACCACCCAGAACAAUUUCUCUUGUUUGUCAGGGCGUAGUGGGUCGGGAACCGUUCCCCUUGCCUCCAAUUCCAGCCCCAGCCUGUAUAGAUCCUUCAGAGAGUUACUAUGAGGAGGCGCAACCCUAUGAGGAAACGACCAACGAUCUGGCGCGGUCUGGCCUCCUCUCUGAGCCCUGGACGAGAGUGCUCAGCUCAGACUGUGUGGUUUAUGCCGUUAUCACCGGGGACGACGGAGACGCCGUCAGCAGCUCGUACGAGUCGUACGACGAAGAGGAGGUGACCAGAGAGAAGUCACCGUCAGCUCAGCACCAGUGGCCGUCAGCCGAGGCGUCUAUAGAGCUGAUGAAGGAUGCUCGAAUCUGCGCCUUCCUGUGGAGGAAGAAGUGGCUUGGCCAGUGGGCCAAGCAGCUCUGUGUCAUCAAAGAUCAUCGUCUUCUGUGCUACAAAAGCUCCAAGGACCAGACACCACUGCUGGACGUUAGCCUGUUGGGCUGCAGUGUGAUAUACAAAGAAAAACAGCCAAAGAAAAAAGAGCACAAGCUGAAGAUCAUCCCAGUAGGAGGCGAGGCCAUUGUGUUAGGCCUGCAGAGCAAAGAACAAACUGAGCAGUGGCUUAAGGUUAUUCAGGAGAUAAGUCCCAAGCCAGCUGAAAACUGUGAUCCUCAACAUUCUGCAUCAGACUCCCCACGGCUUAUUUGCACUAAGGGAGAUCUGAAUGAGAGACACUCGCUGGCUUCAGAGAGUGGCAGCAGCACAGACAGCCACACAGACACCACAGAAAACAAAGAUGUGAAGAAAAAAUAUGGCCCAGGUUUAAUGUUCAGCAAUCUGAUGAACAUUGGGAAGAAAAAACCAUCUUCGCUGGAGAGCCCCGAGAAAAGCGUCGACACCUCAGGUUACCUGAACGUUCUGGUGAACAGCCAGUGGCGGACCUGCUGGUGUCUCAUAAAAAACGGACAGCUGUGGUUUUACCAAGACAAGGGGAAGAACAAAGUGAGCCAGCCAGCGGUGACCCUGGAGGGCUGCAGCGUUUUGCCCGACCCCAUCCCCGAGCACCUCUACUCUUUCAGAAUCGACUUGGACGGCACACAGAUUGCGACAUUAGAGGCGAAAACUUCAGCAGAUAUGGGUCACUGGUUGGGCCUCCUACUGUCACAGACGGGAACCAAAACGGACCCGGAGGACCUGACGUACGACUACGUUGACUCCGAAAGGGUCUGCACCAUCGUCACCGCCGCAAAGACUUCCUUCCACUUGAUGCAAAGGAGAUAUUCAGAGUCAAAUACGUACAUAGACGCCCUCCCUUCUAUUCCUCAAAACUCGGAUGAGAUUUACGAUGACGUGGCAUCAAUAGCUGAUCCCGAGGAUGCUGAGGAGGAUACCCAGCCGAGCUGUGAGGAAAAAAACAAUCCCCAGGAUCACAAUGCAACACAGCCAGACAAUGCCACAGAGCAAGACAGCAACAACAGAAUUUACCUGGAUCUGGUCCCGAUGCGCUCCUUCCUCCACACGGCCUGCGGAGCCAAAGCUUCUCCGCCUCUCAAGGAAACUCCUAGAGUUUGUCCAAUCCCUGGAGAGGGCCAGAAGGAUUCCUCUUGCCAAGUUAAAGAGGUCACUUCAACGAACCGCACCGAGCCAGAGUCCAGCCCUGUGUUAAAUGGGCCAAAUUCAGCGUCUUCCCCCAGCAAAGCAGAACAGCAGCGAUCGCGGAGUCCCUCACAACCUCAGCCUGUCAAGACUCAAAGCCAGGAGACGUCAAAGAGGAGCAGCCUGGGCGUCCCACAAGCCUUCAGUUUGCCUGGAGCACAGAAGAGUCCAGCUGGGUUCCCUCACAGCCCACAACCAGCACGGCCAAAGGCUUACACCAUAGGGAGUUCCAGUGCCGUUGAGGUCAAACUGGGCAAGAACCGCACCGAGGCGGACCUGCUGCGCUACAUAGACGAGCGCGAUCGGCUGGAGAAGGAGAGGGAGGAGGUGAGGAGCAGCCUGGCCAACCUGAAGAAGGAGAAGAGGGAAACAAAGGAGGAGCUGAGCGCUUGCCAGGAUCCUAAGCAGCAAGCUCAGCUGGAGGCCUGUCUGAAGCAGAAGGAGGAGGCGUGUCGGGAGGCGGAGCGCCGCAGGGUGGAGGUGGAGCUCCGCCUGGUAGAAGUGAAGGAAAGUCUGAAGAAGGUGGAAUCGGGGCCUUUCACACUGGGAACCACGCUGGACAGCAGCCUCCAGGACUCCCCGGCGACUAAAGCUGCAACUCUGCCUCAUCCACAGACGUCAUCGUUAUCAAUAUCAACACAAGCAGCUUCACUGUUACCAUCAUCAUCAUCAUCGCCUUCGUCAUCUUCCCCAGCACCUUCCCAGCCCUCCAACAACAGCGCGAGUGCAGACUGCCCUGUAAACUCUGCCUCGGCUCUUAAAAACAGGCCCACUUCCAUCAUCGCCACAAAAGGAAACGUCCUGCAGAAAGCCAAGGAAUGGGAGAAAAAAUCCACCACUUAGGUGGAAACUUGUUGAAUCUGCACAGAUAUUACAACCAUGUGGAGUAAAAACCCCCGCAUUUCUUCCCAAGACUUUAAAUAGGCCAGGAGACCGAAGCACAAGCCGAAAUCUUCUUGAACGCCACUGGAUUCCCUUAAUAACAUUACUUUUCUCAUUUGUUUUCAAAGGAGCGCAUUUAAGUGACUCCAUUAAGGCUGGCGUUGCAGAAACGAGAAUGCAGCACAUUUUAAAACCACUAAAUUUUUUAAAUAGAGAAAAAAAAAAAUCCCUUUACUAAAUUGUCUAUUGUGUAAAAUUUAGAUUGUAGCUUGGCUCAUGUAUGGUGGUAGCCAAGAUGUAAAUAGAUGUACACCAUUUAUUCAGCCUUUUGGCUUGUAUUGCUAGCUAAAACUGCACUUUUUAUUCAAAUAAAAAAAAUGUCAUGAAAAAAACCC